UGAAAAUCUGUACCACGGUUGCUUUUUUGUAGCGAGGAGCAUAGUGCGUACAAAAUUUAGUUUGGAAAAGAAGUAGUACUGCUGUUCUCUGCGCCGUUUACGCUCAACUUAAAAAUAUCGAUUUUUAAAAGUGGAGAUAUAUACUCACCUUCCUGCUUCAAACACAUUUCUUUCGUGUCGCAGCAAACAUGGCGCUUAACCUAACUGUCAAGGUGCAUCCUGUAAUAUUAUUCCAAAUUGUAGAUGCUUACGAACGACGGAAAGCAGAAUCGUCGCGUGUUGUUGGUACUUUAUUAGGUACCGUAGAGAAAGGAAUUGUGGAAGUAACAAAUUGUUUUUGCGUACCACACAAGGAAUCUGAAAGUCAAGUAGAAGCUGAUCUUACUUACGGAAUGGACUUGUAUGAUUUAAAUCAUCGAGUUAAUACGCAAGAGAACAUUGUUGGCUGGUGGGCUACUGGCGAUGAGGUUACCACACAUUCAUCUGUUAUCCACGAAUAUUAUGUGCGAGAAUGUAAUAAUCCAGUGCAUUUGACUGUUAAUACUACAUUAACAAACACCACGAGGAUGGCAUUUAAAGCUUACGUGUGUGUUCCAUUAGGAGUACCUAAUGGCAAGCAAGGAUCUAUGUUCACGCCUGUUAAAGUUCAGGUUUCAUGCUAUGAACCAGAGGUUAUAGGAAUGCAAUUAUGUUCCAAGACUCAAUUGCAAUCUCAAGUACAAGCUGGAACUACUACUAGAGGGACAGAACCCAUGAUGGAUCUUGCGCAAGUUUCGGAGGCUUGUUCCAAACUUUCUUUGAUGCUGGAACAAGUACUUGCAUAUGUCGAUGACGUGUUAGCGGGAAAACAACCACCAGAUAAUCAAGUAGGCAGAGCCCUUUUGGAUAUGGUGCAUUCUGUACCAAAAAUGACAAACGAUCAAUUUAACAAAAUGUUUAAUAGUAAUGUUAAGGAUCUUCUGAUGGUUGUGGCCUUAUCUCGACUAAUAAAAACGCAAUUGCAACUUAAUGAAAAACUUACACUACUCACAACUUUAUAAUAAAAAGUGUUUGAUUGCUUAUACUCUAUAAAUGUAUAAUGUAAAAGAAAAUUAAUAAUAUUUCUUUAUUCCUCACACAUUUUGAUUCUUAUUAAUACCAUGACCAGCUGUAGAUUAUUGAUUCAUAAUAUUAAUCAUGAUUUAUUUUAUUCCCCGUAGUAGAUUUUAUUCCAAUUUGUGAAAUUGCAAUUGUGCUUAGAGCAUAAUCCAAGUCUUAUCAUCUCUAGCUCAUAAUUAGUGACGAGUACCAAGAUGCUUUAAAUUACAAG